AGAUGUAGAAACACUCGCGGCGUCAACCAGCCGCCAUUUUACAUCAUCGGGACACGAGUGAAAACCAGAACUCAACCGGACCUACGCCGGGAAUCGUAGAUUUUUUCUUUUUUUUGUAAUACCCUGAAAUCAGACAAAAUCAGCACCGUGCACCUCAGUGAACUAUCAAAUGAUGUCUGGAGACAUGGCGACCGAUCAGGUGACCGAUCAAGUAAAUGGAAAUGGUACAGAAGAACCAAUGGACAUAACUACAGUGGACACAACUGCAGCUGAAGUUAAACAUUCAGACCAUUUCCAGACUUUAUUAGACGCUGGUUUACCUCAGAAAGUUGCUGAAAAAUUAGAUGAAAUUUACGUAGCAGGACUGGUAGCGCACAGUGACCUAGAUGAAAGGGCUAUUGAAGCCUUAAAAGAAUUUAAUGAAGAAGGUGCUCUGCAAGUCCUGCUUCAGUUUAAGGAAAGUGAUCUGUCGCACGUGCAAAACAAAAGUGCAUUUCUCUGUGGAGUAAUGAAGACUUACAGACAGAGGGAGAAGCAAGGGACCAAAGUUUCAGAUUCCACAAAAGGACCAGAUGAGGCAAAAAUAAAAGCGCUGCUUGAUAGAACCAGCUAUACACUUGAUGUGACAACGGGUCAGCGGAAGUAUGGAGGCCCCCCUCCAGAGUCUGUGUAUUCAGGUGCUCAACCCACUAUUGGAACAGAGAUAUUUGUUGGGAAAAUUCCUCGAGACUUGUUUGAGGACGAGCUGGUGCCGCUCUUUGAGAAGGCGGGACCUAUCUGGGAUCUACGUCUAAUGAUGGACCCCCUUAGUGGACUGAACAGGGGCUAUGCCUUCGUCACUUUCUGCACGAAAGAGGCUUCCUCAGAAGCAGUAAACCUGUGUAAUAAUCAUGAAAUACGCCCCGGCAAGCACAUUGGAGUGUGUAUAUCUGUUGCCAAUAACAGGCUGUUCGUUGGCUCCAUCCCCAAGAGUAAAACGAAAGAGCAGAUGGUGGAGGAGUUUGCUAAAGUCACAGAGGGUCUUAAUGAUGUCAUACUGUACCAUCAGCCGGAUGACAAAAAGAAGAACAGAGGUUUUUGCUUUUUGGAAUACGAGGACCACAAAACUGCUGCUCAGGCCAGACGCAGGCUGAUGAGUGGCAAGGUGAAAGUCUGGGGGAACAUGGUUACUGUGGAAUGGGCAGACCCCAUCGAGGAACCCGAUUCAGAGGUCAUGGCCAAGGUCAAAGUUUUGUUUGUCCGAAACCUUGCGAACAGUGUUACUGAAGAAAUACUGGAAAAAUCCUUUGGCCAGUUUGGUAAACUGGAGCGAGUGAAAAAGCUGAAAGAUUACGCCUUCAUUCACUUUGAUGAGCGGGACAGUGCAGUCAAGGCAUUGGCUGAAAUGAAUGGCAAAGAUCUAGAGGGAGAGCACAUUGACAUAGUCUUUGCAAAGCCCCCCGAUCAGAAGAGGAAAGAACGCAAAGCUCAGAGACAAGCAGCCAAAACAAACAUGUAUGAUGAUUAUUAUUACAACUACGGCCCCCCUCAGUUGCCCCCUCCCACAAGAGGCGGCCGGAGUAGAGGUGGUGGUAGGGGAGGGUAUGCUUACCCCCCAGACUAUUAUGGCUACGAGGAUUACUACGAUUAUUAUGGUUAUGAUUACCACAAUUACCGUGACGGAUACGAGGACCCCUACUACGGCUAUGAUGACUAUCAGGCUCCCGUUAGAGUAAGAGGGGGCAGAGGUGCCUGGGGCGCAUCUCCAGCCAGAGGCCGAGGCGGUGCAGGCGCUUUCAGGGGCAGAGGUGGCUUCUCACCGCGUGGUGGUCCAGGAUCAAGCAGAGGAGGUGGGCGAGGUGCCAGAGGAGGUGUGCAGCAGAGAGGCCGCGGCGGGGUACGUGGUGCAAGGGGUGGCCGCGGUGGAAAUGUAGGAGGAAAGCGCAAAGCUGAUGGGUACAACCAGCCAGAUUCCAAGCGGCGCCAGACCAAUAAUCAGAACUGGGGCUCUCAACCCAUUGCUCAGCAACCGCUCCAAGGUGGUGAUCGUUCUGCAGGGAAAAGGGGUCGAGGCCGGUCCUGACCUGUCACUAUGAAGACUGACCUGCUACUUACUGUAUGUGGGGUUACACCAGGAAGCUGCCAGUGGAAGUGAUGGUAAGGUCAACUCAAUGGUCCAAUGAUAUUCCAACCUUACAGCAGCGUAUCUCCCAGAACUGCCACAGGAGAAGAUGAUCAAAAGAGAAGUCAAGUCACUUGCUUGCCACCUUCCCCCAUAUCCCCAAAGAAUAUGCCAUUUUAAAUGACUGUUGAAGAUGUUGAGAUUUCCCAGCGGACUCUUCAUCCUGAAAUGAAAUGUAGUUAUGUCUUUUGCACUUUGUCUAAGUUUGAAGUGGCUCAGAGGAGCUUGAUGCUAAUGUAUAUUUGUGUGCUUAAUGCAGCUUUAUGCUGGAAUAGACAUGUUUAAUCCUGUUUUGAUUUGGAUUGGUUUUAAGAUCAUGUUUUAGCUGUAACCCCCUGGCAUAAAUAGGCAUUCCAGGAAAGUGGUUAUUUUCAGAACUUGUCUUUAAAGGGUUGGUUAACUACCUCUGUACAGAGGAUUCAACUGCCCUGUUUGUACUGUAAAUAGGAAAACUUCAUUGGAAGCAGGGCUUGUUCCCCCCACUAAAUAUUAGGACUGUGACGAUACCAGCAUCGUACUAGUUUUUCCAUGGCAAAAAUGACAACACGAAGCAGACCAAACUCUUUGGUCCUUUAAAAAUCUACUGUAUGUAUAAUAUUGUGUGCUAUAGCUUGGAAAAUAAAUAGAUGUGACUCUGGAUGACACCAUAAUGUUUGUUUCCAACAUUAGGGUUUUGUUUCCUUGCCACAAUACGAGUAUCGCGAUACUGGUAUCGUCCCGGCCCUACUAAAUAUGCACAAGGGCAACAGCAGAGCACUUAGUUUUUUUAUUAUAGGUGCUGCGUGCUAUUUGUCUGACACUGCGAACAGUCAAACUCAGCGUGUUAAAGAAUCUCAUGUAAUGAGCCUGAAUGAACAAGCCCUGCUUUCAUCUGGUUUGAACUGAAUUUGCAAUGUGCUUCUUCAGAUAAUGUAGUUACUGGUUGUAUUAUAGUUUAGGAAAAUGUUACUUUUGUAAAAGCUUGAACACCAGAAAGACCUACUUUUUUCAGAAGCUUUGUAGUGUCCCUUUCUUUGCUCAAUGGGAUAGGAAGUCUAACUUUUGUACAUGAUCGCAUCCCUUUUGUAAGGUUGCAUACACUGUUUGAAAGCCAUCCACCUACUUUGUGUACAGAAAUUUGCCUAAUCAUGUUGUACAACGUGAACAUUGAUCAGACAUCCAACCAGCUGCCUUUUUGUCACAUUUGACAUAUGUGACAAGUGUCUUCAAUUUGCAUCAUGUUGAGCAUGUGAUUAGUAGCCUAGUUAGCUGGAUAUGACUGGUUUUAUCCAGUUCAAAAGGGAUGCUGCAGCUUUUUGAAAUUGCUUAAAGUAGACUGAACAACUUGAUCAGGUUUUGUACACAGUUGACUCCCUCAGUAAGUCUAUCAUUACACAACUCUUUGAAAUAAUGUUACCAGUGUUAAAAUAUUGUUGGUGGCUAACAAGUUUUUUUGCAAUCUUGCAAAUAAAUUGUUUUAUACUGUAAAGUGAGGCGAGUAACUUAUUUUUAAAAUAAAGGUCUUGAUUUUA